AUGUCAAGUUCAGAGCAACCAAAAGAUGAAAAUUGGUGUAAUUACAGUGACAUUACACCAAUUAAAGUAUUCGAAUACCCAAAUCAAGCAUCAAAAAUUAUUUGGAGUGUCAAUUCCAAUAAUAUUAUACAAAUAUCUUCACAAAUUAUCGAAUUAAUAACAGCUUCCAAAAUAACUAUCCAAAUGGCACUCUACUUGAUUGAUAUUUUUUCACAAUUUCGUGUGAAAGAUAUUAAAUUAUUUUCAGAGCUUUAUCAAAAGAUAUCAAACAAAUUUUCAUGCAUUAUCCAGCCGAAAAAUGAGAAAUUGGCGACUCUUCUACAUUACAAAGGUUUCAAAUUCGAAAACUUCGAACCAGAAAUGAAAGAAGCAGAAAUUCUCAAUUUAUAUCCACCAAAAUCUGCUUUAUACUAUAUUGCAUGGGAUAAAGUUGAUGAUCUUAAAUCUAAAUUCCCAAACCUUGAUAUUAAUAAGGAGAUUAAUAAAAUCACACCACUUGAUUGUUCAAUUAAAUUUGGCUCAGAAUUGUGUUUCAAUUACUUGAAAAAUAUAGGAGCUAAAUACACUGAUAAAUCAGAAUAUUAUGCUGCUCAAGGCGGAAAUAAAGAGAUCUUUAUGCACAUGAUAGAAGAAGGUAAAUCAUUUAAAAAAUGA